UGUCCAGAAAUGACUUCUGAUGUUAUUUCCAGCUGCCAUUUUGAACCACAGAGCCAUUUUGUGGCUCUUUUAAAAAACAAAACAAAAAUAGAUUUUAAAGCGAAACAUCAGAGGAUAUGGGGGGCAUUUCUGGAGAGCAAGGUACUGGGAUUUACUGCCCUUAUUUCUGUUCCCUUCUUGCUUUUUUGGCAUUUUUUUCAGAGUAAGGAACCUAACCCAUGGAUACCCAGAGUAGUAAGAUUUCUUUAUUUGUGGUUUCCAUAUUCGUGCUUAUUGGUGGGAACAGAACCCCCGCAAAUAAAGAGGGCCUCCUGUAUCUGUUUGCACAGAUUCAGACUGAACAUAAGAUCAUCAGAAAAUUCCUUUUGCACAUUAGAAGGAACAGGUCCAUAGUCUGGGAAUGCUGGUUCCUCAGGCUGAGGCUAUUAUUAUUAUUAUUAUUUCUUGUUUACACAGUCAGACAGGUGUUAUUGACUGGUUUGUUUUAUCUAGACAUUGAAUCCUUCCCAAGGACCUGGGAUGCCAGAAUUUUAUUGUCAACUGUUAUAGAUAUCGUCGCAGAAUAUAGGCUGUUCCCAGUAAGGCUGCUUUUUGUAAUUGGCUGAUGGUGAUUUCUGUGGCCCCUAUGGUGUUGAGGUGCUCUUCAAGGUCUUUUGGAACUGCCCCCAGGGCGCCAAUUACCACUGGGAUUAUUUUGGUCUUUUUCUGCCACAGCCAUUCAAUUUCAAUUUGUAGAUCUUUAUAUUUGGUGAUUUUUUCUAUUUCUUGUUCUUCUAUUCUCCUAUCCCCUGGUAUUGCUAUGUCGAUUAUUUUGACUUGUUUUUCUUUCUUCUCGACUACAGUUAUAUCUGGUGUAUUGUGUGGCAGAUGUUUGUCCGUUUGUUGUCGGAAGUCCCAUAAUAUUUUUACAUCUUCAUUUUCUACAACUUUUUCAAUUUUAUGGUCCCACCAAUUUUUGGCUACAGGUAGCUUGUAUUUUUUGCAGAUGUUCCAGUGUAUCAUCCCUGCUACCUUGUUAUGCCUUUGUUUGUAGUCAGUCUGUGUGAUCUUUUUACAACAGCUGAUUAGGUGGUCCACUGUUUCAUCUGCUUCUUUACAAAGGCGGCACUUGCCGUUUGUUGUGGAUUUUUCUACUUUUGCUCUUAUUGCAUUUGUUCUUGGUGCCUGUUCUUGCGCAGCCAGUAUUAAACCCUCUGUUUCUUUCUUCAAGUAACCAUUUUUAAGCCAUUGCCAGGUCUUGGUGAUGUCUGAUUUUCCACUUAUAUUGUGCAAAUAUUGACCACGCAGGGGCUUAUUUUUCCAUUUUUCUGCUCGGUUCUUGACUUGUUCUUUCUUGUAGGCCUGCUUUGUUUCAUUGGUGUUGAAUAGUUCCACGUUAUUGACCAUUUGAAGUGCAUCUUCUUCACUGUCCUUGAUAUAUUCUUCAAGGCCUCUUUUCUCCUCCUUUACUGUUUGAUGGACUUGCAGCAUUCCUCUUCCACCUGAGCUGCGAGGGAGGUAUAGCCUAUCUACAUCCCUGUGUGGGUGCAGAGCAUGAUUGAUGGUCAUGAUUUUCCUGGUCUUACAAUCCAGCGUCUCUAGCUCUGCCUGGGUCUAGUCUAUUAUUCCUGCACUGUAUCUGAUAACAGGUAUAGCCCAGGUGUUUAUGGCGUGUAUGGUGUUCCCGCCAUUGAGUUUGGACUUGAGGAUUUUUCUGACUCUCCUGAUGUAUUCACUUCCCAUUUUUCUUUUAACUUCAGUGUGUGCAAUGUUAUCAGCCUGGAGAAUGCCCAAGUAUUUGUAAGGUUCUUUCUCUUCCAGGUUCUUGAUCUUGCUUCCAUUGGGCAGUUCUAUUCUUUCUGUUUUUCUUAUUUCCCCUCUUUUCAUUAUUAAUGCAGCACACUUGUCUAGUCCAAACUCCAUUGCUAUAUUGCUACUGAAUAUACGGACAGUGUUUAGCAGUGAUUCGAUUUCUGACUGGGACUUUCCAUACAACUUCAGACCAUCCAUGUACAGCAGAUGGUUGAUUUUACUUGAUGUUUUAGAUGUUUGGUAUCCGAGGCCUGUUUUGUUUAGUAUUUGUGAAAGUGGGGUCAUGGCGAUUACAAACAACAGAGGGGAUAGUGAGUCCCCUUGGAAAAUGCCUCUUCUAAUGCUAACCUGUCCAAGUGUCUCGCCAUUGAUUGUUAACUGUGUACUCCACAUGCUCAUUGCUUUUUAAAAAAUAAAUAUCUGAAUGUUUUUGCUGACACCAGUUGUUUCUAAACAUUUUAGUAUCCAUGUGUGAGGCAAUGUAUCGAAGGCUUUCUUGUAGUCAAUCCAUACAACACUUAAAUUUGUUUUGCUUCUCUUGCAGUUUUCUAAAAUCAUUUUGUCAAUCAGCAGCUGGUCUUUUGUGCCUCUGGUGUUCGGGCAAUUUCCUUUCUGUUCAACUGGAAGCUGUUUGUUAGUUAGUAAGUGUUGCAUCACUUCAUCUGCUAUUAUUCCAGUUAAUAAUUUGAACAUGGUUGGCAGGCAGGUUAUUGGUCUAUAAUUACUUGGAACUGCACCUUUUGCCGGGUCUUUCAUGAUGAGAUGAGUUUUCCCAGUCGUUAGCCAUUGUUCAAUAUCACCUCCUUGCAAAAUGUGAUUGAACUGUUUUGAUAGCUGUUUAUGAAGGCUUGUUAGGUGUUUAAGCCAAAAGCCAUGCAGUUCAUCGUCGUCUGGCGCAGUCCAAUUUUUAAUUUUCUUUUCUCUUUCACUUAUUAAUUCUGGUGUUAUUUUUAGAUCUUGCAUUUGUUGGUUACAUUUUUUUACCUCUGUCAUCCAGCCUGCUUUUUUAUUAUAAUCUAUUGGAUUGUCCCAUAAUUUUCCCCAGAACUGCACUGUUUCUUCUUUAUUUGGUGUUUCUAGGUUUCUUGCAGUUUUUUCUCCUUCUAUGCUUUGGUAGAAACGUCUCUGAUUCGACUGGAAUUGGAGAUUCUGCCUGUGUUGUGUAAUUCUGGCUUCAUACCUGCUAAUCUUCUUUGACACUGCUUUUAUUUGCUGCUUUAUUAUUUCCAGGACUUCUCUAAUUUUCCUUGAAUCUAGGUGGUAUUUUUGGAUCAGAUACUGUUUGGUGUUUUCAUUCUUCAGCUUCUUGUCUUUCAUAUCUUUCAAUUUACUAGCAUCUGAUCUAAGCCUGGAGAUUUUAUUUUCUAAUCUAAUCUUCCAUUUUGGUGAUGUACUGCUUUCUUUUUUUACCAGUCCACUGAUCUUAUAUCUGAGCUCUUGUGUUGUUAUUGUUGCUGCACUGUACAUUAGUUGGUCUGUUUCUUGCAAAUUAUUGGUUGUUAUUUCUGCAAGUGCAGCAUUGACAUCUUUUAAUACCUGAGCAAGUUGUUUUUUGGCAACUGUUUUUAAAGCUGGAAGUCGAACCCUGGUGGUUGCUUGGUUCAUGUGCUCUGUUAUUUUUUGCUUUAGUUCUUGUUGCUUUUCUGUUAAACGGCAUUUGGGUUUUUGAGGUGAAGGCAAAGGGGCGGUUGCCUGGUUUUGAUUUUGAAACAGUUCAGUAACAGUGGCAUCCUCGAUUUCCAACACCUCCUCCACCUGCGCCUGAGCAACUUCUUCAGUUGGUGGUAAUUCUUCUUCCAUAUCUUGAGCCUGUGUUGCUCUGCAGUUCUUCCAGCUCAACUCCUGUGAAUGCUUUAUUUCUUAUUAUGUAUCUUCUCAGGUCUGCUAGCCUUUGUUCUGUUAUUUCUGUAUCUGGAUGCUUCUCUUUCCAAAUUUGGUACAUUCUUUUUAAAUAAGUUCUUCUAGUUGGACUAGACUUGUAAUAGCAGAUCAUUAUUUCCUUGUUGGCAGUUUUCGUAUAUUUUUUUCGGUUAAGCAACGUUUCUUCCAGUAACCUUGCAGUCUCCAGCCCUGGUUGCUCAACUGAAGAUCCUGAGUCCUGUUGCCCACUUGCCACCAGAUGUCCAGGGACUCCAGCACCUGGCGCGGUCCUUGUUGACCCGGGCGACGACCGAUCCGGUAUAGAUUUAUUAAAGUUACGUCUCACCAUAUUGUUGAUGGGAGAGGCACUCUUUGUCUGGCUCCUCUGGUGAGACCUGUCCAGUAUGGUUGGACCUCUGGCAUAGCUCUCACCUUCCUCAGAGGACGCAAGCCCCACAACCACACCAAGGAAGCCUUGGUCAGUUUAAACACCACACUGCAUCUCGUGGACAAGGAGAAGCAGAGCCUGGAGCUCCAGACAUACACUUCCCGGGCUCAGGAGGCCGCUUGUCUCCUGAUGAUCCGGAUCCUGCAAGUGGAGCGUGAUGAGAGUCGGGGGCAGCUGCUGGAUUCCUCCAGCAGCAGCAGCAGCAGCGACAGUGGAGACAGCUGCUAUGGGGAAUACGCUCCUCUCUGUACCUCCAAAGUGGUUAUGUCUGGCUUAUCUCAGGAUGCUGGUGGCAAGCAACCCGUCACAGACCCUAAGGCGCAGAUGAUGGAGCUUCAUGAUACGUUGGCUCGGAACAAGGAACUGAAAGAUCGGAUCCAGGCCCUAUUUGGCGAGCUGGAGGAAAUAAGCCAGGACAGCAGGGCCCAGGAGUUGCAACAGAUGGAGCUCACAAGAGACUUUUUCAAAGCACACAGAUCGAAUCGAGACUGCCAAAUUGACCAGCAUCAUCGCAACCAAUGCCAAUACUGCCGUCUGAAGAAGUGUUUUCGUGUCGGCAUGAGGAAAGAAGCUGUCCAGAGAGGCCGGAUCCCUCCCUCCCACUCCAGCGCCAGCCCCAACGCCGUGCCCAGUGGGGAGUACUACAAUGGGCAGCCCGUCUCGGAACUGAUCUCCCAGCUGCUGCGGGCUGAGCCCUACCCCACAGCCCGCUUUAGCUCCCAGUACGCCCAGCAGGGCAGCGUGAUGGGCAUCGACAACAUCUGCGAGCUGGCGGCCCGCCUCCUCUUCAGCACCGUGGAGUGGGCCCGCAACAUCCCCUUCUUCCCGGACCUGCCCGUCUCGGACCAGGUGGCCCUGCUGCGCCUCAGCUGGAGCGAGCUCUUCGUCCUCAACGCUGCGCAGUCGGCGCUGCCCCUCCACAUGGCCCCGCUGUUGGCGGCCGCCGGCUUCCACGCGUCCCCCAUGUCGGCCGACCGCGUGGUGUCCUUCAUGGACCAGAUCCGCAUCUUCCAGGACCAGGUCGAGAAGCUGAACCGUCUCCAAGUGGACUCGGCAGAGUACAGCUGCCUGAAAGCCAUUGCGCUCUUCACCCCAGAUGCCUGCGGCCUCUCGGACCCUGCCCACGUGGAGAGCCUGCAGGAGAAGGCCCAGGUGGCCCUGACGGACUAUGUCCGCUCGCAGUAUCCCUCCCAGCCACAGCGCUUCGGCAGACUCUUGCUGCGCCUCCCGGCUCUCCGGGCCGUCCCGGCUUCCCUCAUCUCUCAGCUCUUCUUCAUGAGACUGGUAGGCAAGACGCCCAUCGAGACGCUCAUCAGAGACAUGCUUCUGUCUGGAAGCACCUUCAACUGGCCUUACGGGACAGGACAAUAAGGGGAGAGGGGGACGGCACCUGCCAGGACUGUAGCCCGUCCCUGCCUCUCUUGCCGCCGCCGUGCCGACAGCAUGGAUGUCCGUCAUCCGCCAGGCCUCCCCGGGUCGUGUCUGUGAACUCUGCGCCACUUGGGCUGAAAGGAUGUCCCCUUUGUGACCAGGGGAGAAGAUCCGCCUCCGAGGCCAAGAGAGACAGCGGUGGGGCGGGGGCGGCAGGGUCUGAUUCCGUUUUCCUUCUCUCCUUCCGGUUUGGGUGAACAGGGUGGGGAGGGGAAGAAACGGAACAAUCCAUUUUCUUGUUAGGUUUCUGGCUCUAAUGGUUCUCUCUGUUCAAUGUUUCAAGUGGAUGUAGGGACCCCUCUUGGUCUACAGAGGGCCCCCCAACCUACUGCCUUGAUCUUUCUUCCCGCAAAAGAUUUGUGUCACCACCUUGCAUGUUCUCGUUAUCCCGAGAUGGGUAGAAUCCUGCCAUCCCUUCAGAAUUGGAAGGCUUGUUCACACGAUCCUAAUUGGGGUAGGAGGAGCACUUAGCCAGGGUAGGAGAGCAGGGCACGCUCCGGUUGGUGGUUGUGUGAACUCCAAACAGCCAAGUGGGGAGACAGGGAGAGUGAUCGUGUGGCAGGCAGGAGCUGGGUUGGACGGGCAUACCCUACCCAGAUUAUCUCCCCAGCAUUUUACGGAGGGUGGACGAGAAGCCGCUCUGCCCAGCUCCCAUCCGAUCACUCUCCUUUCCUCCUCUCUUCUUGUUGGGAAUUCACACAAUCACCGACUGCAAGAAUGGCUGGCUGUCCUACCCUUACUGUGUGCCUCUCCUACCCUGAUUAUUUAUUCAGCAUAUUUAUAUAUCACUCAAAAUUCACAUCUCUAGGCAGUUUACAAUAAAACUGCCUUGGGAUUUUCUUAAUGAAAGGCGGGGUAUAAAUUGAACAAUAAAUAAAAACACAGAUUAAAAUGCUAAGACCAUUUUUAAAAAAUAAUGGAUUGUUUAUGAUUGCGUGAAUGAGCCUAGAGUGUGUCUCUAGAUCAGGGCUACUCAGCUGUGUCCCUCCGGCUGUGUUUGGACUGCAGCUCCCAGCAUCCCCAGCCACAGUGGCCAAUAACUGGGGGUGAUGGGAGUUGUAGACCAAGGCUCUCCCAUCUUUCGUUCUCUAACAUGGUCCCAGGGGAUUUUGUUGCCCCCACCCUGCCCUGAGCGAAACCAGCGACUCAGCAGACACUGCAGUUUGCAACGUGCAGAGUAAUGAAACGUCAUUCUCUCACCCCUGCACCCCAUGAUUGCUCCUAAACAAACUCUGUGGCUCUGACAGAGUUAAAUGUUGGUACGUCUUGAAUUGGGGCAGGCUAGAAUAAAUCUUUUCAAAUCGGCAUACAGAUUUCUAGCCAUUCAGACGUAACCAACGCACAUUCUACAAUGCACCAAAUUUCUGACCCUUGAGGGGUGCGCAUCUGGCCUUGUGCGGCCAUGGUAGCCUCUCCGGGUGGGGCUGGGAAAGACCCUCUCUGCCUGCAAUCUUGGAGAGAUGCUGCCAGUCAGUGCAGUCAAUACCAAGACUUUGACUCAGUCAAGUGGGUUCUAUCCCCCUCCUCCCCUGAUAUCAAGCUUCUGGUUUUCCUCCUCACGUUCUCUUCGUCUGUGACGGAAGCUGUCCCCAGAACAAGCCCAAAUCGGCCAGCCAUGUUUGUGGAAAUGCUAUGCACAUUGUUAAUUGCAUGCAACUGAAAUAUACCAAUUUAAUUAACGGUGAUCCUCCGGCUUCUGUGGUGGGUUUCCAGUGUCAUCUGCUCACUGGCCAGUUUGACUAAAAUCUGCUGCUAUUUCUUGUGUAAAGGUCUCUCUCUCUCUGUUCAAUUUGCAAAGUAACUUUUCAGUCGACACAUGUGUACGGCCCUGUGACACAAGUCACCACUAAACCCAUUUUACAGAUGGGGAAAACUGAGGCCGAGAGAGGGCGACUGACUUAAAGCCGCUCUGUGAGUUCAUGGCAGCGAUGCGGCCUCGAACUCAGGUCUCGCAGGUCCAAAGUACCGGUUGUAAUCUAUGCAAACUCCCCUGUCCUCUCCAAAUGCCACAUCAAGGAAACUCAGAUUUCUGUGCUUGGAAUAAAACGAUGCAUUUUUCCCC